CCACGACCACUGCUCCAACUCGUAAUUCGCUCUCAUUGAACAACAAACACGUUGUCGGCUUGGGGGCUGACCGAGCACUCUCCAUAACCGUCGUGAGAGAUAUACAAACACAGCAACAUUACACUGACACGAUCGCGAGUCCAACAUAGACAACCAUGCCUGACGAACAUAUGGCUGAUCGAUCCAGUAUGCGCUCAUCGACAAAGCUUAUAGCAGAAGAAGCAAUAAUCAAGGGCAUGAUGGGAGUCGAUCGAGUCCACACUCGUGCUCAGAGCCGGAGACUGGAACAGAUGAGAAAGAGCGUAGAUAAAAUCCCGUGGUCUUCACCACGGGAGUGUAGUGAGUAAUUUAUUCUCAUCAAUGGCGUUUUGAAAUAGACAGAGGGAAUGACGUUUGCUCUGCACAAUUUGAACAAAUGUGUAAUCUCUAAUGGUCUUUUAAGCGUACUUUCGUAGAAGCUGGUAAGUAGCUGUAACUCAACAGUGAUGAGAAGAGAUUCUUCUUCCUUCGAUGACGAUGGCUUCUCCUCUUCUCUCCUAUGAAGAUUUGUCGCAGAUACAAAGAAGAAUUUUAGUGGAUGAGGGUGGUGGUGGCGGUGGUGGCGGCCGAGAUGAAAACGAAGAGAGUGCGCCGCGACGGAAUAACAUUGUUGCUGCUGCUGCUGUAUUGGAUCUCGUGAGUACACCACCGCCACCACCAUCACCACCACCAUGGCGGCGGCGGCGGCGGCCGGACGAUGAUUCUCGGCGCAAUGCUUCUCCCUCCCUAACCAACCACCAGGUCACAUCAAUCACCUCGAGUAUACUCGGUCACACUACGUGAUUCCUAGCCGUGAUGUCUGAUCGGCACAAUCCCGCAAGCUCUAAGGGUUUGCAAGCUAUGGUUUCCGAGGUCGUUCCUUCACACACUCACGAUUCCCGAUGGGCUCGUAUCGACAACCUGACAGACAAGAAUGAAUGGACAUGAAUGUCAAGGAGCUCGAGCCUCCUCAAGAUCCUCCUC